CUUCCAUCGGGCGGCAAUUUAGGAGACAUGAUCAAGACUUGGAAAAAAGUGACAAUUUGUUUGUUUAAAUGGAAGCCCCAAUCGGGAGAACGUUAAGUUAACCUUUAUUCAGAAAAACUGACUGAAUAGAACAACGCUGCGGCGUAUGAACUUUAAACAGAACUGUCUCUGGGAGGUUGGUUUGUGACCGCACAUCACAAAUUGGUGGAGGAUGCGGGCAUAGAAGACCCUCCCCAACCACAUUAUGGAGCAAGCAAUAAGGGCACUCCUGCAAAGCCAAGCGGAGUUGCAGAAUGCGAUGAAGGAACUGCUCAAGAAGAUCGACAAAGACGAAGUGGUGGUUCGAGCCCCGGGGGGAGUCCUCACCAAACAAAGCCCCGAUGACGACAUUGAAGCCUAUUUGGAGCUCUUUGAGCGCACUGCUACCAGGGAGCGAUGGCCACCCGGUGAGUGGGCAGGAAUAAUUGCUUCGUUCCUCAUUGGGGAGGCCCAGCACGCCUGCCGCGACCUGCCAGCAGAGGACGCCCGAGACUACCCCAAGCUCAAGGCCGCCAUAUUAGCAAGCCAUGGGUACAGCCUACCAGCCAGAGCUCAGCGAUACCACGCCUGGGCCUACUGUGCCAGCCAGCCGCCCAGGGCCCAGCUCGCAGAGCUGCUACGUCUUACCCAGGGAUGGCUGACGAGUGGCGGGGAGACACCCUGGAUCCAAAGAUUGGUGAUUGAUCGGUGUAUUCGAGCUUUUCCGCCCGAUGCCAGAAAGUAUGCUGCGCAGGUGAGCCCCGCCUCCCUGGAUUCUCUGGUAGCUCUGUUGGAGAACUACCAAGUUAGCAACGAGAUGCUUCGAACCACCAGAGCUGAGCCAAGCCGCCCCACCCCUGCUGAAAGGAUGGGCCGUGAGCGCCGGCGAUCUCCUACCCGUACUCCUCCACGUAAUGCCCCAAGGGAUAGUAACCCCCCAGAAAGGUUGGCCCGGCCCCCCAGAAGGUGCUAUGUCUGCGGGCGAGAAGGCCACAUCUCCUGGGCCUGUCCGGAGCGGGACCGAGACGUCUCAAUGCCCUCUUCCGCCAGCUCGGGUGCCCACCGACCUUGCUUGCACACCGGGGACACCGGCCGACCCCUUGCCUCCCUGCCGGUGCGGGUGGGAGGUACAGACGCCCAUGCCCUGAUUGAUUCUGGCAGCGUCGUCACCUUGGUGAGGGCUGACUACGCUGGUCCUGUCGGCUCAGACACUGUCCCGGUCACCUGCGUCCAUGGUGAUGUCCGCCAUUAUCCGGUCAGCCAUAUCCGGGUCCAGACCCCCCGUGGAGACGCCGUUGUGGCUGCUGGGGUGGUCCCCAACCUACCUGUCCCUCUGCUGAUAGGCACGGAUUGUGUCCUCUUCCAGCGGUAUUGGAACCCAGGCCGCCGCCGCCCACAUCCUCCCCGACAAACAAGACGCCGGGACCGGCGCCCCGCAGCCUCGACCCCGCGAACCGCAUUCCCCACCUUCCGAGCACCUAGAGGAACCUCACCAGGAAGUAGAGCAUCUGAAAGAGACGCCAGUGGGGGAGAGACCCCUCCAGCCAGUGAAGACCCCUUCUCUGAGUUCCCGCUCAUGCCGGUCGAGGGGAAUCCACCUCAAGGCGAGUACGCCACAGCCCAAUGGGCUGACCCGAACCUGGAAAGGGCCCGCCAAAGCAUCGCCACCAUAGACGGUCAACUGGUCACCUGGUCACUGGGGUGA